AUGUCUUCAGGUGACUCACCAGACUGGAACAAUCUCGAUGUCCUCCACCGAAAUACACUUCCACCUCGCUCCCAUUUCUAUCUGUACGAGGAUGAGGAAAGAGCUGCCAGGGGAGACCGCAAUCAAAGCCUCAUCAAACUCCUAAACGGAACGUGGAAAUUCAGACAUGAUCGCACUCCGCUCCAAAUUCCCAAGUGGGACGACCUCGACCCAGCCAGCUGGGCGAAUAUCAAGGUACCCGGAAUGUGGCAGCUCCAGGGAUACGGCAGGCCGCAGUACACAAACGUCAAUUAUCCAUUUCCCGUGGAUCCCCCAUUUAUCACUUCGCAGAACGAGACAGGGACUUACUGGCGAGAAUUCAAUAUCCCGGCAGAAUGGGACAAGUCUUCGCACAUCCACGUUCGCUUCGAGGGCGUGGACAGUGCGUUCCAUCUAUGGGUGAAUAGUCACAAAGUGGGAUAUUUCCAAGGCAGCCGUAAUGCAUCGGAGUUCGACAUCACUCAGUACGUGAACAGGGAGGACAGCAAUAGUAUGGCUGUACGAGUUUACCAGUACUGCGAUGGAUCGUACCUUGAAGAUCAAGACCAGUGGCGCAUGUCAGGGAUCUUCCGGGAUGUGUAUCUUGUGCCAUUUUUGCCCGACACUAUCACGGAUUAUACGACCAUGGUCGAUCUGGACGACGACUUCACGACAGGGACCCUGCGUACUUCCAUCAAGGUCCAGGGGCGACCAGGUCUACUUCGGCUGAGACUAAUCGACGGUCACGGUCAGGUAAUCGAGGAAAAGGAAGGGCCUUGUGAGGAAUGCCUAUCCAUCACAGUCUCACAGCCCAAGCUCUGGUCUGCCGAAGCACCCAACCUAUACGAGCUGUUCAUCUCAUACCAAGGUCGAGUGAUCCGUCAGAGGAUUGGGUUUCGACGCAUCGAACAAAAGGGCGCCAAUUUCCUCGUCAACGGAAAGCCCAUCAUCUUCUACGGUGUGAACCGGCACGAACACCAUCCGCUUCAUGGACGCGCGGUUCCCUACGAAACCCUGAAGGCCGAUCUGCUCCUCAUGAAACAGCACAACAUCAACGCUGUGCGGACCUGUCAUCAGCCCAACGUCCCCGAGUUCUAUGACCUCUGCGACGAAUUGGGGCUAUACGUCAUUGCUGAAGCUGACCUGGAGUGCCACGGCUUUGACCCGGUAGAGCGUAUUAAAAUCGACGACCCUACUCUCUCCGGCCAUGCUCUCCAGGAGCUCGUGUACAAGAUUGCCAACAAAUGGACCACAGAUAACCCCUUAUGGCGGGAUGCAUAUGUAGACCGCGCCGUCCAGCUCGUCGAGAGGUACAAGAACCAUGCGUCGAUCGUUUUCUGGUCCUUGGGAAAUGAGGCUUUCUAUGGCUGUAACAUGGCGGCCAUGUAUCACUGGAUCAAGAAGCGCGACCCUUCUCGGCUUGUUCAUUACGAGGGUGACCGAGGAGGACUCACGACCGACAUGUAUAGCGUCAUGUACUUCAGCAUUGAGGAGCUGGUGCAACGUGCGGAGCAAUACCCAGAUCGCCCGUUGAUCCAAUGCGAAUACGGCCAUGCGAUGGGCAACGGACCAGGAGGCUUGAAAGAAUAUAUCGAACUAUACCGGACGCAUCCGCGAUUGCAGGGUGGCUUUAUCUGGGAAUGGUGCAAUCAUGGCCUCUUGAAAGAAGAGAACGGCAUUUCCUACUACGCCUAUGGGGGUGAUUUUGGAGAUCAGCCGAACGAUGGAGAUUUUGUGAUGGACGGCCUGGUGAAUUCGGACCACACUCCGACCCCUGGCUUGUUGGAGUACAAGAAAGUCAUUGAGCCUGUCAGCGUUGCUCGUGUUGGAAACUGCCUGAAAAUCAGAAACCACUAUGACUUUAUCAAUCUGGGCCAUUUGGUGUGCUCAUGGACAGUGCGAAGCGAGUUUGGUUCGUGCCAUUCGGAGAUUCUAGAUUUACCAUCAAUCCCUCCCGGCGCUACUCGACAGGUGGCAAUUCCAAAGUCCGCACUUCAGGACUUUGCAGAGGAAAGCUUCUUGGACGUCAGUUUCUGUCUGAAGGAAACUACUGCGUGGGCCGAAAGAGGACAUGAGGUUGCCUGGUGUCAGAUCCCGCUGCAGGCGAGGGACGUUUCUGACACUAUAUCUCACCAAAGUCCCCCAUUACAGGUAGAAGAAAAGGCAGGUCAACUAUUCAUUACAGGACCAGGCCGACAGGUCGAGUUCAUGAUCGACCUUGCAACUGGCGAGUUGCAGUGGACUGGCAACGGCCAACGUAUCAUGGACCGAGGACCUGAAGUCGGACUCUACCGGGCACUGACACAAAAUGACCUCGGCGAAGGAGGAGACUCUCGUCAUUGGGAGAAGUUCCGAGUCGACUCACUUCGGACCAGCCUGCAGAGUAUUGCUUGGACGUCCACGGGGACUGCCGUGACGGUCGAAAAAACGCUUCGCAUCGCGCCGCCAGUCCUGAACUGGGCUGUGGACACCACAGUCCGCCUCACAAUAUUCGGAGACGGCUUUGAUAUCCAUGUCAAAGGUGGAUUUAGUGGUUUUCAUCCGACCACGGUCCCACGAUUAGGGCUCGACAUGAGUCUUCCUGGCUCAUUUGACUACUGCCAUUGGUUUGGUCGCGGGCCAGGGGAGUCAUACCGCGACAAGAAGGAGGCCAGCCGUAUUGGCUACUAUGAACAGUCUGUAACGCAGAUGUUCACGCCGUACGAAUAUCCACAGGAAAACGGCAAUCGCACAGACACAAGAUGGAUGCGUUUAUCCUCGCAGGAUGCCGGCAGUACGAGCGUUUUAAGGGUCUCUGCGCCAUCGCCGUUUGAUUUCACGGUCCGCAAGUACCAGAUUGAAAACUUGAAUGCCGCCAGACACCCUCACGACCUCUGUCAGGUGGACCAGACAUUGUUUUAUCUGGACUAUGAGCAUAAUGGAUUGGGCACGGGGAGCUGUGGGCCAGGUCCAUGGCCAGAGCACCGACUGCACGCUGGGCCUUUUGAGUUCUGGGCCUCAUUUGCGCUGGGUGGAUUGGAUUGA